AUGAAUAACAAGGAUGUUUUGGGAGCCAAAGAUGUUUUACUGAGAGGAAAUGGAAGAGAAAAAAGUAAUGUCUUGGGGUUCCAUCCAACAAAUAAUUUGUUAAAAGAGUCAAAUACAAAGAGAGACUCAGAGACGUCCUUUUAUCGAAGCAGAAACGUUGAAGAGCUUCUUCUGAAGUCAGCUAAAAGUCGAGCAGAACUAAAUGAGUUUGUCAAAGCGGAUCAAAAUAAAUCACCAAUGGUAUCGGAUAAAGGAGGUAAUGUUAGCGUAAAUGCAAGGUACAAUAAGCUUCAUAAAUUGCAGAAACAGCUAAACUUGCGCAAAAAAAACGAUUUCCAUACAUCCAUUCAAAAGCCGUCCUUUGUCAAAGAUUGUUUUGGCAACAAAUUGGAAUUGGAAAAGGUCCAUUUGACGGAGAAGCCAAUUGCGCACCUGCCAAUACGAGAUUAUGGAUACGACAAAGAAACACGUACCAAUGACGACAAUGAGAUUAGCAAUAACAACAGUAAUAACAACAGUAACAACAACAUUGAAAGGCGUGGACAGUGUUUCAACGUAUACAUUGCUAUUUCAUCAAAUCGACGAUAUAUAUAUCUCACAAAAGAUGGCAUACCAAUAGAUAAUUAUAUUAUUAACUUUGAGACUCAGCUUGAAAAAGUUGUUUUAUCUAAGGAAAAAAUACGUCUUGUAUUGUUGAGUGGACCCGAUAUCAUUGCAAAAUUUAAAGAUGGGGGAAUGGAAAUAAAAAAAUAUUUUAAAGACCACUCAAUUGAUAAAGUCCAUACAAAUUUUGCUAGUGAAGAAGAACAAGCGGUAUCAGUGGGCUCUCUGCCUCGUCAGCUACGACUACAACCCGUACCACAACCAUUACCACAACUGCAAUUGCAACUGCAACUACAACUGCAGCUGCUUUUGUCGCUGCCAAAACUGCCGUCAUCAGCAAUGCGCGAUCCUCUCAAAGAUUUAGUACCAACACGUGCUAGAAGACAUAGCCCCAGACAUGGUAGACAAGAUGAAAAUUUUGUGAUUGCUAAAGAGCCUGAAGAAGUGAACAAUGAAAAAGACGAAGAAAAGACACAUUUUGCAUUGCCCGUGAGGUCACUGCCGAGAAGAAAGACUCGUCAGCUGGAAGUUUUUCCUGCAGACGAUAGUAGUGAGGCUUAUAUGAAGUUUUUUGAAAAGUUAUCGCAUCCUCAACCAAAUGAAAAGAUUCCAAAGCUUGUACCGAGUCUACGUUAUCAAUUUGAUGAUGGCACAGAAAUGAUUAUAGACGAUGAGGAUUUAUCUAGUCUAUUCCACCACAACUGGGUGAAUGACAAGAUCAUCGAUUUUGGCUUAAAGUACCUGAUGGAGCAAGCAGUCAAAGAAAAUUUGGUAAAUGCAGAUGAUAUAUAUGCAUUUAGCUGUUAUUUUUAUAUAAAGUUGAUUCAAAAGGAUGCACGUUCUAAAGACACACCACCAUAUUAUGAAAAUAUUAAACGAUGGUUGCGGAGGAUCGAUCUAUUGAGUUAUCAAUAUAUCAUACUCCCAAUAAACUUAGACCUGCAUUGGUUCUGUUGUAUUAUUCGGAAUUUGCCAGAUUUGAUCAAAAUUAAGGAUGUACCAUCAAUGGAUAAUGGCGAGAAAAUGAUAGCGGAGGGAGCUAAAGACCAUAGCAAUGGCCAAAUUGAAAAUGAAAAUGAAAAUGAAAAUGGUAACAAAAAACUGGAACAGGAACAGGAACAGGAACAGGAACAGAACAAAAGACAGAACAAAAAAGAUUUAGAAACAAUUGAAAUGGAUGAGAUUACAGACAACAUUGAUGAUAUCGAGGUCAAUUCUGCUUCAAGUCUGGAAGAGAUGAAUGGCGCGCUCUCGCAAGGUUUAGAUUCCCAAACUGGUAGGUCAAAUGGUAAGGCUGAGAUAUUUGUAUUUGACAGCUUGGGGACCAGAAGAGAUAGCGUGAAAAUACCAUUAAAGGAAUUCAUAAUUGGCUAUUGCAAAGAUAAACAUAGUAUCGAAGUACUGCGAGAUCAAAUCCGCGUUACAGCGGCUAAGGUUCCAAGACAAAACAAUUUUAAUGACUGUGGUGUUCAUGUUUUGUAUAAUGUGCGAAAAUGGUUGCAAAAGAUUACCGAGUGCGAGUCUCACUGGAGACGGUAUCAGUUUGGAGCAACAAAGCUAUUAUUUCCAGCAGAAGAAAGAAGCAAGGAAAGACACUAUUGGAUUGAUAUUUUGCUUCGAUUGCAUCUGGAACAAAAACUAAAAGAACAAGCUUUAGGAUUGUCGCGUGUGAAAAAUAAAGAUGAUGGUGAUGACAAUGAUGAUGAUAAUGAUAAAAAUAAUAACGGCAACAAUAACAAUACUAACAAAGAUAACGGUGAUAAUGAUGAUGAUGAUGAUGAUGAUAUAGAAAUUGUGGAGGAAAGUUAUUAUCCAUAUUACAACGAAAACAGUCAGGAUCAAGACAGCGGCCAAAAUGUUUCAAUUGACUAUAAUAAUGAUAAUGAUAAUGAUAAAAGUCAAAGUACAAAGACAAAUAGCAUUGGGAAUGAAAAGCUAAAGAAUUUGGACAUUAAUCAGCAUCCAGUGGAAAAAGAUGUCGUUAAAUCCUCAUCUGCGAAUUUGGUAGAUGAUUCAACGACUGAUGUUCGAACACACCAACACGAUAAUUUAUCGACCACGGAACAAGGUUUGCAGGCACAACCAGAUCAACCAACUCAGAUAUCUAAACCUGUAACUUCAAGUGUACAAGUGUCUCGGAAGUUGCCCGAGCCGCUAAAAACUACGCAUGAUAAUCAGGCAAAGAAUAUUGAUCACAAGGACUAUGAAAGCAAUAGCUUGCAAGAUAAAAACGUUGAUUUGUCUUUAUCUCGAGAAAAUUUUGAAAAGAUUAAUAUUCAUGCUGAAAGUGACUGUAAAGAGCCACCUAAGGCAGACACCAAGAUGUUACAGAUACAAAAACGGAUAAGCGAUGCAACGAAAUCCGCGUCGACUCGUAAAAAGAGCCUUGUUGAUCAUUCAAAGCCCAGCUUAUCCAAACAUAAUAGACUGGUUGGAGUGGAAACGGGGAUUAUUGAUGGCAGUUCAGUAGGUGGUAAAAAUGCAACAAAAUCAAGUAAGCAUCAUCGAGAAGACAUUGGUACUAAAUCAGUAGAAGUGGAAAAACAUGAGAAACUCGAGAAAAAGAUGAACUUGGGAAGAGAAUCACCAGCAAUAUCAGAGGACAUUGUUGAUGUUUCCUCUGAUGAAGAUUUGAGACAAUCGGUUAAAAGUAAUAGUGAUAUAAUGGAGAAGAUGAAACCUUUAAGUAAUGAGAACACUAUUGAGACAGUGGACUUGAGGAGCCCAAUUCGCAAAGGUCCUCAAACAUCCCGUCCUCCUAUCACGAAAACAGUUAAGGAGACUUAUAUAAAGAGCAAUAGUCCAACAGCAUCGAAACAAAGCAUAGCUAAUGGAAAGGUCAUCGAUCCCAUCAAACAAGUACCAGAUAGUCUGAAAAAACAUUCUGCAAUUAGAAUAUUACGCAAAGAUGCGUCAUCUAUUGAUUUGACAAAAGAAGAUCGGCCAGCAGUACAUGGCAAAGGUAAAAGACGUAGGUUAUUGUAG